AUGACGAAUAUACUCCCGCAAGAGCUCAUCACCGAAAUACUUUCUCUACUGCUCGUCAAACCUCUGCUGCGUUUUCAAUGCGUUUCCAAGGCAUGGUUUGUCGUAAUCAACGACCCAGACUUCAUCAAGAUGCACCUCAAUCGCUCCAUUGAGACCAACCGAGAACGCGCUCUCAUUGCAGAUGCAAACAACGCAAUUCUGCCGCAUACUUACUACUCGGUAAACUUUUCCAACAAGCAACAGUUCAGCGAGCCGGUGGAGAUAUUCAGGCCAUUCAACCAUCCAACAAAUACGUUCAUUAGAAUUAUAGGCCAUUGCAACGGCCUGGUUUGCCUCCAGAUCUGUCCCUGUUGUUGCUCCAAUAUCGAAGAAAGAAACAAAUAUCCCAAUGAGAUUGUGAUUUGGAAUCCAUUGAUCAGAAAAUACAAAAAGUUACCCUUUAAGCCGAUAGAAAUUCCCGAUAAUUAUGUGUUCGAAGUAGCAUUUGGGUAUGACCAAAUCAACGACGACUACAAGGUUGUAAGGAUUUUGAUGCCCCAGCCACAUCUUGCAGGUGUCGCUGAAGUUGGUCAUCAUGUAUGUAGUCUUAGAGGAAAUUCUUGGAGAAAGGUGGAAGACAAAUGGCCUCGCAAGGAUUUGUAUUUGCAUACGCAGUGCUCGGCUUCCUUGAACAGUGCUUUGCAUUGGGUGGUUGCAGGUCGGAGUGGGUUAACAAGUGCCAUUGUCGCAUUCGAUCUUAGCACCGAGAAAUUUCGAAUGCAUGCUCUUCCGAUUGAAAUUGAAUCUCGCGCAUCUGAAUACUAUACACAUUUGGUGGUCUUGGGAGGAUGCCUGUGUGUUUGGGAGUUUCAUUGUGAACAAUUUUUUGUCGUUUGGGUGAUGAAGGAGUACGGGGUGGCGGCGAGCAAUUGGACACGGCUUUAUAGGUUUCCGCAGGGUCCGCAACAAGAUCCUUACUACUCCAAGCCUUUAGCCCUCUCAAACAACGGUGAAGAGGUUUUGAUGCAUGAGGCUUUGAUACAUGAGAACUCAGGAAAACUUUAUUGGUAUAACAUAAAAAAGAAAAGAAGCAGGAUUGUUGAGAUUCACAAAAGGAUCGAAACAUGCGAGUUGAACAUUGUAGUUGUGGGAAGCCUCCUUCUCCUUGAUGGGGAGCUUGACCAUUGA